CUGGUAGAGAGAGAGACAGAGAGAGAGAGAGAGAGAGAGAGAGAGAACGCUUUACCGCAGUAUCACUACAUUUCUGCAUCACUCAUCAAAACUCUGCGGCAUGCUAACUAGAUCUGGGGGAGGGCUGAUACCGGGUUUGUGCUGAGUGUAGUGUCAACACCACCGUCGUUUAGUAUAGAUUGACUGUAAUUAGAUACAGUAGCACGGAGCCGCCGGAUUGUUCAUCCUCUUCUUUCAAACAGCUCGUCAUUUGUGCGCUCGCUAACGACUUUCUGCACCCUAUCUGAGUAAAAUAUUUCACAUCUCACCAAAACGCCUAUUACAUUAGGUUAUAACGCCCGGUAACAGUCCGUGGAUUAAACAAAUUUAGCAAAAUGGCAAAGGAUGCUGAGAAGAGCACUUGGAAGGACUUCAUAUGGAACUCCAGGACCCGAGAAUUUUGUGGCAGGACAGGGAGCAGCUGGGGCCUCAUCCUGCUCUUCUACCUAGUGUUCUACAUCUUCCUAGCAGGCAUGUUCUGCCUCACCAUGUAUGUCAUGUUGCAGACCUUGGAUGACUACAAACCCACCUGGCAGGACAGGCUUGGCACACCAGGCAUGAUGAUCAGACCCAGGGGAAAGGCAAUGGAGAUCUCCUACAACACCACCAACACUGAGACCUGGGACAUGUACAUCAAGACACUGGACAACUUCCUCUCCCCCUACAACAACUCUCUGCAGGCUGAGAAGAAUGAAGAGUGCAUACCGGACCAGUACUUUGUUCAGGCAGACAGUGGUGAUGUGAAGAACAACCCCAAGCGCUCCUGCCAGUUCAACCGCACCAUUCUAGAAAAAUGCUCUGGCCUUGAUGACCAUACCUAUGGAUACCAGGCUGGCAAACCAUGCAUCAUCAUCAAACUGAACCGGGUCAUUGGGAUGUUGCCAGGAAAGGAUGGCCAGGCUCCAUUUGUCACCUGUGGAGCGAAGAGGUACAAGGUUGGCAAAGAUGAAUGGAAAGAAGACUCUGAUAAGAUUGGAGAGGUGGAGUACUACCCUGAAAAUGGCACCUUCAACCUCAUGUACUACCCUUACUAUGGCAAGAAAGCUCAGGUGAACUACUCCCAGCCGCUGGUUGCCAUUAAGUUCCUCAACAUCACCCUCAAUGAAGACAUCAACAUUGAGUGCAGGAUCAUCUCCAACAACAUUCCUCCUGGGAGUUUAAGAGACAAGUUUGCGGGGAAAGUGUCUUUCAAACUGAGGAUCAACACUAAAGGCUAGAUGUACAUUCUCUCUCACUAACAUGUCCACCCACCUCUACAUUCUGUACACAGGUACACAGGUACACACACACACACACACACACACACACACACAUACAGAGACAGAUAACAGAAUUAACACCCCCCGUUUGUCGAAUAGAAUAUGUUUACAACUUCCAUUUACCCUCGAUGUCGGGCAUUGUAUGCCCAGUGGAGUGAUGAUGUCAGAAUGGUGGAGUUAAACGGGUGGUAAUUCUGUCUCUGUUUCUGUGUGUGAGCUUCCAUUCUUUUCUGUAAAUUAGUUUGAGGUGAAGUCUAUUUAUACUGCAUGACUAACUAGGGGAUAUAGUGGACAUAAACAUGUAUGAUUUCAAAGUUUGCAAGGAGAAGCAACGCCUCUUACCAGUUUACUGUUGCUCCUUCAUCUCUGCCUCCCUAUAGAGUGCGCCUCUAUAUACAAAUAUACACAAAAUACAAUACAACCGUGUAUAUCUAUUUAUAUAUCAUAACCUUAUAUCAGUAUGUCUAUUUUGUUGCGCUUGAAAAUAAUCCAACAGCUAAAACAUAUGAUGAAAAAACAUAUUUUUGUGGAUGAAGGGAGAGAUGGAGACAUUUUGCAUGUGUGUACUGUCUUUAGUGCCCUAAGAAGGCGAGAGGCCCCAUGUCUCAGCUCUCUGCUCUGCUAUGUGGGAAUUAUAAACGAGGCUAUGUUAAACUGCUGGCCACCAGGAGGGACCACGCUGCACUCUGCAGUGAUCAUCCAAUUUAAACCCAUAAGAAGAUAGCAUCUCCAACAUGGGGAGCUACAGAGGUCAAGACCUUUGAGUCUGUGUGUGCAUGUGUAUGUUUGUAUGUGUGUGAGUAUGUACUGUACAUUUAAUUUGUAUAACCAAAUUCCAUUUGCAAGACAGAAUGCAUACUGUAGGUCGGGAAGAUGCAUAUGCAACGUGCAAUAUUCAUUAAGAAUGACACAUCAUGCACAUUAUACACAUUAAACAGGACUCUUUUGUCAUUAACACUUGAAUUGCACAUGGUCAUAAAUCGGAUUAUCUUCCAUAACAUGAAUAUACACUUCAUUGUCCUUCCAUGGUUUAUGUUCACAUCGGUGUUCCUACAGCUCAAGGCUCAGGGCUAGUUUGUUUGUUCAUAGUUUUUUGCAUGUGCAUCGCAUCUAUUGACAUGCCUCCUAUACAUAUAAGAAAGAGAUGCUGUUCUUCUAUUUUCUAUUGAUUUGCACUGGUUUGUGUUUUUCUUGUGAAGACGAGAUGCUUAUGAUUCUGUGGAGAAGGAAAAAUAGAGAGUUUGUUUGGUUCUACGUUUGUUGAAAUUUAUAUUCAAACAUGUGGUACCAUUUGAAUCAGUUGUACAUGACUUUGUUACUGCUGUAAUAGUGCAUCUCAGUUUGAAGGCUGUCUCCAACAUCUGAUUACAUCGGCCAGGAUGUCUGUAAGGCUGGUUUGGUGAUAACGGUAAUCUGUUUGAUUUAUUUUUAUUUUGGUAGGAAUCUCUACCAUUACAUUGCUUUAAAAAGGGUGCAACAGACCAACCAACCUUGUGGUUGGAGGGUGUACUAUAACUAAAAGCACCUACAGUUGAUCAUGGGCAAGAGCGUUUAUCAACUUGCUCUAGAAUGAUGGUCAAUGUGCUGGCGCACAGAUGCCCUGGAUGUGCUGCUGACUUGGGGCUGGAUUCAAUCCGUAACACUAAACUUCGGCAUACAGAUUCAAUCCAGCCCUUGAUUCUGGACACAUAAUGAGAAAAACCAGUUGAGGAAUCUAUGGAUCUGAGCGAGUGCUCCUGAACACUGGCUGUGACAUUGUGGCAAUGUGACUCUGAUCCUUCUUCAACGUCAUAGCGACACUUUUAGAACCCUAGCAUCUGUUCACUCAGCUUAAGGGUUGGGUUGACUUUUAGGACCUUUCUUCGCUCAGUCAGUAUAAGGUGUAUAUCAAUCAAUUUUCCUUCAUUUUGGUUGAAGUUGCACCUCAGUAAUAUCAUCAUCAUGAAGACUUGACAGUAUAACAAUAAUCAGUAUAUAAAUAAUCUGUUUAGUUUGAUAGCUGUAUAAUACACGUUGAGGAUUGACUGAACAAAGUCAAUUGACUCCAUGCUAAACAUCCAUGUUGCGUGUGGCCUACCAAUAGUCCUUGUUUUUGACAUUGUGAGACAAUGGAGUGAACAGUGCUACUUCCUCGUUAGCAUUCCUGCUCCACUCAGUCUGUUUCGCAUGCUGAGAUUCCACUGUAAUCUCUUAAUCUGGUCAGAUAAUCUAGAGCAGGUACUUUAUCCUUUCUUUGUAGUUCCUCCUUCCUGUGUCAACCCCCCUCCUUCUCUCUUUUGUCCACACACACACACACACACACACACAACAAUCAUCCACCCUUUCUGUUAAAAUAUGUCUGGUGAGGAAUGACUAUGUGCUUGGUUCCACAGUUCCUUUAAGGUCUAUAUUAUUAUUAUCAUGGUUUUAUACAUAUGACCCAUGUUUUGCCAUGUUGUAUCACAAUAUAUUUUGUCCCAUGAGCCCAUUCCAUUCACAAUUCAAUCUACAAGUAAAUGUGUAUCCAUGGUGUGUAUCCAUGGUGUGUAUCCAUGGUGUGUGUAGCCACACAAAUACAUAUAUGUGGAUAUAUUCCAAUUGUAAAAUGAAUGCUUUCCUUUUCUGCCUACAAAAAAAGUAGUCCUGCCAGAUUCCCUCCAACCAAAGAUAUUCAUGAUCAUUUUAACAAGUAUGAAAUAAUCGUGCUGCAACUACAGACCACAGAUCUCUAAGAGAAAGGGUUUAAUUUAUGAAGGAUGAAGGAAGUGCUAUUCUUAUAUAAUGCUACGCACAGAAGGAGCAGGUGUCACUAAAUAACAACAGUGCCUCCUGGUGGGUGGACAGAUGUGUUGUUCCCCAAUAUCGCCGAAUGUUAUUUAAUGUUUUCUCCAUAUAUCCGUUUUUAUAUGAUCAUUUGGAGAAAGCAAUAUAUUCAUUUCCUGUGUUGCUGAUGAUGUUUGUAUUCUUGGAAUGGCUGUAACAAGUUUACAGUAGCAUUAAUCAUCACGAGAGUGAGGAAGAAGACAGAAAGAACAUGUAAAUAUUAUGUUCACAAAUAGAUAUACAGUUAUAUGUCUGCCAAUGCACAUCUUCAAGAUUGAACAAUAGAAACACUUAACAGUUUUGUUUUCAAACGAGAUAAAGUAUUUUUAUUGUUAUUUUGUGGUAAAGAGGAGAUUAUGUAUUAGCUUUGGAUUGUAAUAAGACAGGGGUGCUACCUGGUAGGUGUUUGUAACCUGUAACCUCUUGACUCUGGUUGAACACAUACCAAGUAUGGUUGAAUGUAGAACACGUUUCUUUUUUGGUUACCAUCUUUCUCUAUUUUGUUUUCAACCUUGCAGUAUUGAAUGUUUGCAAUGUUGAGCGUUCCACUCUUUCUCAGUCAUUGUCUACUGGAUACUCUUUCAGAUGAACAGUGCAUGUCUUUAUAUGGGCCACAGUAUGAUGAGAUGAAGGAGGGUGUCAUCUUGGUUUGAUCAGUUACACUGAUUCAACAGAAAGCUGCAUAUUUACAGUAACUGCAAUGGAUUUAUCCUCAAACAGCACAAUUACUCGCCUGUGACCACUGCAUGUGGCAAACUAGUGUGAACUACCUAUUUGUUUCAAACUCACUUCUGAAGCAGCAAGACACAGCUUUUCACAAAGGUCCACCCUGAAAAGAAUAGCAAACGUAUCCCUGAUUUAAGACUAUCUUGAAUCCGACAGAUAAUUCAAAAGGAUCUAAGGCAGAAAUCAUUUGAAACACAUUGGGAUAGUCUCACCAAAAAAAUGAAAAUGGCUGAUAAUUCUAUUUUCUUUGGAUCUUUUUUUGCUGUUAUUGUAUUUAUAUAUAUUUUUUGCUCAUGUUCGUUGUAAAAAAUGAUAGAGAAAUCAAUAAACGUGAUUGAAAGAAACACAA